UCAGGAGCAUGCGCCGAAAGUGGGCGUCCUGAGCCGGUCCCUUUCCGGGAGGGCAAACAUUUCCGGCUUCCCAUUGUAGUUCUCAAACCACUAAGAGCAUGGAGGGUCCGUGCUCGCCCCCGACGCCGGGGAAGUUCGUGGUGGUCGGCGGUGGCAUCGCGGGUGUUACCUGUGCGGAGCAGCUGGCAAUUAAUUUUCCAUCAGAAGAUAUUCUCCUGAUAACAGCUUCUCCUGUUAUUAAAGCAGUUACAAAUUUCAAGCAGGUUUCUAAAGUAUUAGAAGAAUUUGAUGUUGAAGAACAACCAAGUACCAUGUUAGAAAAUCGCUUUCCCAACAUUAAGGUUAUAGAAUCUGGAGUAAAGCAACUAAAGAGCAAACAGCAUUGCAUUUUAACUGAAGAUGGCAAUCAGUAUAUUUAUAAGAAGCUGUGUCUGUGUGCUGGAGCAAAACCAAAAUUGAUAUGUGAAGGAAAUCCUUAUGUGUUAGGAAUCCGUGAUACAGACAGUGCACAGGAAUUUCAGAAGCAGCUUACUAAAGCUAAGAGAAUAAUGAUCAUAGGGAAUGGUGGUAUCGCACUUGAAUUAGUGUAUGAAAUUGAAGGCUGUGAAGUAAUUUGGGUCAUUAAAGAUAAAGCAAUUGGGAAUACUUUCUUCGAUGCAGGAGCAGCUGAAUUCUUGACUUCAAAGCUCAUUGAUGAAAAACCAGAGGCUAAAAUUGCACAGAAAAGAACCAGAUAUACAACUGAAGGAUGGAAAAAGGAAGUGCAAGCCAGAGCUAAUGCUGGUAACAUAGGCAGUGCCUUGGGACCAGACUGGCAUGAAGGGCUGGAUCUUAAAGGAACGAAAGAGUUUUCUCAUAAAAUUCACAUUGAAACCAUGUGUGAAGUAAAGAAAAUUUACCUUCAGGAAGAAUUUAGAAUUUCUGAGAAAAAGUCCUUGACUUUUCCAAGAGACCAUCAUGAUCAGUCAGUUACUACUGACAAAGAGAUAUGGCCUAUAUAUGUGGAAUUGACCAAUGAAAAGAUAUAUGGCUGCGAUUUCAUUGUCAGUGCUACAGGAGUUACACCAAAUAUAGAACCAUUUCUCGGUGGCAACAAUUUUGAUGUAGGCGAAGACGGUGGACUGAAGGUGGAUGACCACAUGCACACAUCCCUCCCUGACAUCUACGCCGCGGGUGAUAUUUGCACGGCCUCCUGGCAUCCCAGCCCUGUCUGGCAGCAGAUGAGGCUGUGGACCCAGGCUAGACAGAUGGGAUGGUAUGCAGCAAAGUGCAUGGCCGCAGCUAGUGUAGGAGAGUCCAUUGACAUGGAUUUCAGCUUUGAACUUUUCGCUCAUGUAACAAAAUUUUUUAACUAUAAGGUUGUAUUACUGGGAAAAUACAAUGCACAGGGCUUGGGUUCAAACCAUGAACUACUGCUGAGGUGUACCAAAGGGCAGGAGUACAUCAAGGCCGUCCUGCAGAACGGGCGAAUGAUGGGCGCUGUCUUAAUUGGUGAAACUGACUUAGAAGAAACAUUUGAAAAUUUAAUUUUAAACCAGAUGAAUCUUUCAGCAUAUGGAGAAGAUCUGCUGGAUCCAAAUAUUGAUAUAGAAGAUUAUUUUGACUAAAAAGGGCAUUUCAAGAGCUACAUCACGUUCCAAAUAAGAUUUUAAAAGUCAGAGGAUUACACAGAUUUAUGAUGACCAGCUGAAGUUAAAAUAAUUGUAUAGGUUUUUUUUUUUUUUUAACGCAAAACUGACCACUAAUUAUGUAAAGAUAAGUCUGAAGUAUUCAUUUCUGUGUUUUCAACUCAGAGACAGUCAUUUGUGAUUUAGCUUUGAGACAGAUUAGCUUGUUACCUACUUAACCAACAGUGUGGUGUCCGCUUAACAUACCAGAGCCAUUCUUUGACCGUGAAAUGUCAAAGGCAGGCUAUGGUUUCAAGACGCUUACCGUUGUAGCCUUUGUAAGCCAGUUGUGUGAAAAGAAAAAUACAGCUAGUUGUGACAAGGCAUACAGAACUUAACAAAGUUACAUGAACUUAAUCUCUUACGUAUUUUACAUUUAAAGGGUUUUACAAUAAAGUUAAUUUAUUUUUCCUGUUUUAUACUGUAAAUUUAUGCAAUUCAUGAUCUCAAGACAUCAGAAUGUCUCAAAUUCUCAAGUUUUCAAUACUUCAGAGAUAAAUUCUGAAAAUGUAGCUCCAUAUGUAUAAAAUAUUAAUGAAAUUGUCUUCAAAUUAAACUUCUGAUUAACUACAAAACUAA